GACUUCGAUUUUCUCCUCUCGUAGGCCUUCUCUAUGCUCCACUUCAAUGGUCAACUGUAAUCACUGACGGCGUGCUCCGCAACGGUGUACUCGUGUGGCUGACUUAACGAAUAAACCGACUUGCGCGAGGAGAGACCCAUCCAGUGACUCCGGUCCGGUUGCCUCCACACCACCGCGCUCUUUGGCUUUGGAGCUUUGGAUUGGCUUGAAAACAACCUGCACCUGGGGCAAUUUGCAAUUUCGCAGCAGAGAAAGGCGGCAGAGGCAGAUGAUGAAAUUGUUUGACGCGCACUGUCACCUACAAGACCCAAGAAUCUUCGACAAGGCGCCCCAAUUGAUUGCGGCAACCCUCGAUUCUGGCGUCGUUCGUUUUGCCGUCAAUGGAGUCUCUGAGAAAGAUUGGCACUUGGUCAAGCAGCUUGGGGAGUCCUAUCCUUGCGUAAUUCCAUGCUUCGGUCUCCAUCCUUGGUUUGUUGCAGAGAGGACCCCGAAUUGGCUUAACACUUUAAAACAAUUCUUCGAGUCUACGCCCUCUGCAGCAGUUGGAGAGAUUGGCUUGGACAAAGGUUCGCAUGGGAAGAAGGUCGAUUUCACGGAUCAGGUUAAUGUAUUCAGGCAACAACUUGAACUUGCAAAAGAGUUAAAAAGGCCAGCAUCCAUCCAUUGUGUCUGUGCUUUUGGUGACCUUCUUCAGAUAAUGAAAUCUUUAGGGCCUUUUCCUGCUGGCGUGAUUCUUCAUUCUUACCUAGGUUCUGCUGAGAUGGUUCCUGAAUUUGCCAGUCUUGGUGCUUACUUUUCGUUCUCUGGAUUUCUCAUGUCCAUGAAAGUAAACAAGGCAAAGAGGAUGCUGAAGAUGGUACCUUCUGAAAGAAUAUUACUGGAGACAGAUGCACCUGAUGCAUUACCAAAGUCUGAGUUAGGUUCUCUACAUCUGGUUGAAGGAGAUGCUUCCUUCCCUAAAGAGCUCCAGUCGCAAGAAAUUUCCUCAGCUCCAGUGGCUAGCGCAAGCGAUGCUUUAACACUUCCAAAAGAAGCACUAAAUCACCCAGCAAAUAUUCACAAUGUACUCAUCUAUGUCGCAUCUUUGCUAGAGAUGACCACAGAAGAACUUGCUGAAAUAAGUUACCAUAAUGCAGUGCGCUUAUUCUCCUACGAUGUAGGAACCUAAAUAUUACCUGCUACUCGAGUUCUUGUUUCAGAUCUGAACCAAACGGUAGUUUGGAUUUCUGUGGCGGGCUUUUGUAACAAACUCUCAUGCACAAAGCAGAUACAAAGCGUGCUUGUAAUAUUAUCGUGUACUCCGGUUACUUGUUUCAGAUUUGAAUGUCUUUAAAUUUAAAUCA